ACUUGUUGAAUAUUGCGUAUUGAGAAUAUGUUCAAUGUACUUUUCUUGUCAAUUCUACUGUUUCAAGGUAAUUUUUGUCGGACGGCGGUUUCGACAAGCGUGGUAUAUGAUAGUAAGGCAUUGGUGAUUGAUGGAAAGCGGAGAAUCCUGCAGUCAGGGUCAGUACAUUAUCCUCGAUCGACACCGGAACUAUGGCCAGAAAUCAUUAGAAAGGCAAAAGAAGGAGGACUGGACGUGAUAGAGACGUAUGUCUUUUGGAAUUAUCACGAGCCUGUGAGAGGAGAGUACUAUUUUGGAGGCAGGUUUGACCUAGUUCGGUUUGUGAAGGAAGUACAUGCAGCCGGUCUUUUUGUGCAUUUGAGAAUUGGGCCCUAUGCUUGUGCGGAAUGGAACUAUGGGGGAUUCCCCAUGUGGUUGCAUUUCAUUCCCGGUAUACAAUUCCGGACAUCAAAUAACCUUUUCAAGGGUGAAAUGGAGCGUUUUCUUGUGAAAAUAGUUAAUCUGAUGAAGGAUGAGAAUCUAUUUGCAACACAAGGGGGACCAAUUAUUCUUGCACAGGUGGAAAAUGAAUAUGGGAAUGUUGAAGGAUCAUAUGGAGUAGCUGGGGUGUUAUAUGUCAAAUGGGCUGCAGAAACAGCCGUUGGUCUUAACACUACUGUUCCUUGGGUAAUGUGUCAACAGGAAGAUGCACCUGAUCCAAUCAUUAACACUUGCAAUGGGUUUUAUUGUGACCGAUGGUCUCCAAACUCACCAUUCAAACCAAAAAUGUGGACGGAGAAUUAUGCUGGGUGGUUCCUUUCAUUUGGAUAUGCUGUUCCUUUUCGACCUGUUGAAGACUUAGCUUUUGCUGUUGCUCGAUUUUUUGAAACAGGUGGCACUUUCCAAAACUAUUAUAUGUAUUUUGGUGGCACCAACUUUGGUAGAACAGCUGGAGGACCACUGAUUGCAACCAGUUAUGAUUAUGAUGCUCCAAUAAAUGAGUAUGGUUAUAUCAAUCAGCCAAAGUGGGGCCACCUACGUGACCUUCAUAUUGCUGUAAAGAAGUGUGAGGAGCAUUUGGUAAAUGCCAAUGCAACUCAAAUUUCCCUUGGUCAGAAUCUUGAGGCACACGUAUACUACAAAUCUUUCAAUGACUGUGCUGCCUUUCUUGCUAAUUAUGAUAGCUCCUCAAAUGCAACUGUUAACUUCAGAGGGAGAUCUUACUUUCUUCCUGCAUGGUCUGUGAGCAUUCUUCCAGAUUGUGUAAACGUCAUAUUCAACACAGCCAAGGUUGUUUCACAAGUAACCCUAGAUGAUGAUUCUUCUAUUUGGGACGUAACCAUGCCAUCAUCUUCUUGGAGUUGGUAUAAAGAAAAAGUGGGCAUUUGGAGUAACAACUCGUUUGAGGCUUCAGGUUUACUGGAGCAGAUAAAUACAACCAAAGAUUCAAGUGAUUUUCUAUGGUAUACCACAAGCAUUAAUGUGGAUGAAAAAACUGUGGAAAAUCAAACAAAAGAAGUAGGGUUGCUUAUCAUGAGCUUGGGACAUGCUGCUUUUCUCUUUGUAAACAAAAAACCAGUUGGGUUCAGUUAUGGAAAUCAUGAUGAUGCUAGCUUCACACUUACUGCUAAAAUAAACCUUCACAGUGGAAACAACACAUUAGAUGUGCUGAGUAUGAUGAUUGGUCUGCAGAAUUAUGGGCCGUGGUUUGAUAUCCAAGGGGCGGGACUAUAUUCUGUCAUUCUUAUGGAUUUGGAGGGCUCCAAAGCAGACCUUUCCAAUAUGCAAUGGACUUACCAGGUUGGACUCGAAGGCGAGUUCCUUGAACUGGAGAAUGUAUCUAUGGCAAAUAGUUCAGUAUGGAUCCAGGGAAGUGCAAUACCUACCAACCAGAGCUUGUUAUGGUACAAGACUGUCUUCGAUGCCCCAGAAGGUAACGGUCCCGUGGCGUUGAAUCUUUCCGGCAUGGGGAAGGGUCAAGCAUGGAUAAAUGGUCAGAGUAUAGGCAGAUAUUGGUCUUCAAAUCUCUCACCAUCAAAUGGAUGUUCAGAGAAUUGUGAUUACAGAGGAACUUACAAUGCCGGAAAAUGUUUGAAGAAGUGUGGCCAACCUGCUCAGACACUGUACCACAUUCCGCGCCCUUGGCUAAAUCCCGGCAAGAACUUACUAGUCAUCCAUGAAGAACUCGGAGGUGAUCCUUCGACUAUCUCUUUGGUUGCCCAAAAUAGGCAACGAAUAUGCAAUCGUGUAUCAGAGACUGACCUUCCGCCUGCUGAUACUUGGGAAUCGGGUGAGGAUUUUGCAUCUAGGAUACCGGAGCUUCGACUGACCUGUGAAACAGGGUGGCGUAUAGCUUCGAUUCGAUUUGCCAGCUUUGGGACUCCAGAAGGAAACUGUGGAGCAGUGAAACAAGGAACUUGCCAUACUGAUGUCUCGUCGAUUGUUCACAAGGCAUGUGUCGGUAAGUCGGGAUGUUCGAUUCCAGUCUCCGGAGCUGAACUUGGGGACCCAUGUCCGAAUGUUGCGAAAACUCUAGCAGUUGAAGCCCUUUGUACAGCAUGAGUUCAAUCUACUUU